CUUCAACCCAUUAUCCAUCUUGUCUGUUCAGCUCUUCCUUCUGCCUACGGCUACAGCCAGACAUACGCAUCCCUAUCAAAAGGUUCAACUCGCAACGGCUGGUCCCAGAUCAACCAAGGCGUACCACCUUCUGCCGGCUCGGUAGGCCGAUCAGUUGACCAGCUUACCGAACCGCAUUACGUUGAAAUGAUCCCGGAGGCUGGUGCGGGCUAUAUUGCCGUCACAGAUUGGGCGGCACCAGUUCUACGUGUCUAUGCUCUGGCAACGGGGCGCUGCAUAGCUUCCACAGGAACCUAUGGAGUGGGGUCUGGCCAG